CUCACAAAUUUUAAUCUCAUUUUACAUCCACGGCCAAGAGCGUAAAUUUCCGGCAGACAGGAAAGGAAGAAAACGAAAACCAAGGACUCAAGGAGGGACGAAAAUAUAAAUGCGUAAAUGGUGAGCUGUUUUCCGUAACCGGGCAAAAAGGCCUAGUGCUCUUUCCUCGCCGCGCCAGAGUGCCCUGCUGUUGUUACUCAGAGUUUACGAGGGAGUUUGGCCUCAUUACCGAGGCGAAGGAGAGAUUCGAAACUCCUAACCGCAUUAAAAAAUGACUCGCAUACCUUAACAUGGUUCUUUGAAUUGUGAAAUACAAUGAUAUGCACUCCGAUUUGUUCCAUAUUACAUCUAAGAUCGCAGACCUUGCCCGAACAGGUCGAAUUAAAUGCGCUCGGAAACUGUUCGACGAGAUGUCCCACAGAGAUACAGUCGCUUGGAACGCAAUGCUCACUGGCUAUUCUCAACUGGGUCUUCACCAAGAGGCGCUUUCUCUUUUCGGCCACAUGAGAGUCGCCAACACCAAACCCGAUCAUUACUCGUUCACUGCAACUUUGAGUGCGUGUGCAGCUGCGUGUGACCUUACAUACGGAAUAAAAGUCCAUGCUUUGGUUAUUGUUUCAGGUUUCCGAACUUCAUUACCCGUCGGUAACUCGCUAAUUGACAUGUAUGGGAAAUGUUCGAGUCCUUCUAGAUCUAGAAAAGUUUUUGAAGAAAUGCAAAGCAGGAAUGAAGUAACAUGGUGCUCACUUUUGUCUGCGCAUGCAAAUUCUUGUCAAUUCGAGCCUGCUCGUGACGUGUUUUACAUGAUGCCGAAAAGAGUAGAAAUCGCUUGGAAUAUUAUGAUUGCUGGUCUUGCUCGAUGUGGUGAAGUUGAAUUAUGUUUGAAUUUGUUUAAAGAGAUGCGAGAGAGUUUGUGUUGGCCAGACCAGUGGACAUUGAGUGCCCUCAUGAAUGCGUGUUCUGAAUCAUCUGAAUUCUCAUACGGAUGCAUGGUGCAUGGAAUUAUUAUUAAGACUGGUUGGAUCUCUGCAGUGGAGGCAAAGAACUCAGUUUUAAGCUUUUAUGCUAGACUAUGUUGCCAGGAUGAUGCUAUGAAGGUGUUUCAGUCCCUCAAAACGCUAACUCAGGUUUCUUGGAAUGCGAUCAUUGAUGCCCAUAUGAAAGUAGGGGAUACCCAGGAGGCCCUUCUUGUUUUUCAGAAAUCGCCUGAGAAUAAUCUCGUUUCAUGGACAUCUAUGAUCACAGGGUACUCACGAAAUGGGCAUGGAGAUAAAGCUCUUUGGUUCUUUGUCGAUAUGGUGAGAAAUGGUGUUCAGCCUGAUGAUUUUUCAUUUGGUGCAGUCCUUCAUGCAUGUUCUAGCCUGGCAAUAGUAGGGCAUGGUAAAAUGGUUCAUGGUUGCAUAAUUCACUCCGGUUUCCAUGCUCAUGUCUAUGUUGGCAACGGGUUGAUUAACAUGUAUGCUAAGUGUGGUGAUUUAGAAGGGUCAAGCCGUGCAUUUAAUGAGAUUCUUAACAAGGACCUGGUCUCUUGGAAUGCAAUGUUGUUUGGUUUUGGAUUACAUGGACGUGCAAGCCAAGCUCUAUGGCUUUAUGAACAAAUGAUAGAAUCUGGUGUAAAACCAGACAAAGUGACUUUCAUCGGCCUGUUGAUGACUUGCAGUCACCUAGGGCUUAUAGAGAAAGGUCGCUUUUUCUUUCAAUCAAUGGGUUCAGUUCAUGGGAUUUCUCAUGAAAUGGAUCAUGUGACAUGCAUGGUGGACAUGCUUUCCCGAGGUGGGUUCUUGGCAGAAGCAACAGAGUUGGCUAAUAUGUACACAGGAACAGGGAGUACGGAAACCUGCUCGUCUGAGGUUCUGCUUGGAGCAUGUCAUGCGCAUGGGGAUGUAGGUUUAGGGACAUACAUUGGGGAAGCUUCAAAGAUUUUAGAUUCUCAGAAGGAGGUAGGUUAUGUGGUUUUGUCAAAUCUGUAUUGUGCAAGUGGGCAGUGGAAGGAAGCAGAGAUGAUUAGAAAGGCAAUGUCGGAUCACGGUGUGAAGAAAAGGCCUGGUUGUAGUUGGAUUGAGGCACGAAACAAGGUGACUGCUUUUGUUGCUGGGAGCCAUUCACAUCCAUACCUGCAAGAUAUCUGUAAAAUUUUGCACAUCCUUGAAUUUGAAAUGAAAAAUCCAUCCUUUAUUGGUUUUGAAAAUUGAAAGAUUUCGGAUUGUAGGAUCAA